UUUUUUUUUGCGAGCACGUCUUGAGAACUGCAAUACAGUUUGUGUUGGUGUAUUUUUGACUGUCACACGUCGCAUUCACAUUUAUAGAAUAUUUUUUUCCUAUGUCUGUGGUCGCAGAUUGAGGAACGCAGAAUUUUUUACGCACAAACACAGAGUGCACAUCAUGUGCAGAUGUUUUUUGCACUUUUUGGCACUAGUUGCCUGGCGACGUUGGUAAACACUUGUACUCAUAACUUUAUUCAGACUUUAUGCAAGUUUGUCUAAAAAAAAAAUAUUUAAAAUAUUGAAGAAAAUGUUAUAUUUAUUUUUUUAACGACGCUUUAGUGUCAAGUAGUGUUCUUAUAGAAUAAAGUAAUCUUACAAAAACUGUUUUUUUUUUUUUUUACUCUUCAAAUUAGUAGAACUGUCAAUAGUCAAAGAAUGACGCCAUUCGUCUUCUGAUUUUGUAUGGUAAUAAGAGUGCAACAGUGUCCGCCCACUUUGUUUAGCGGCGUUUGUUCCAGAAGUAUUUUUCCAUUAAUUUCCCCAUAGUUUUAAAGAGUUGUAAGCCAUGAAACAUACCAAACCAGCAUCCUCCAUAAAAGAUAGUGCAUAUGAUGACUGUAAAAUACAUGAUGAACGUCAUUCUCAUUAGUAAAAUUAUAAAUAGGCUUUAUUAAUUUGGAUUUCUUCACCACUCUACUACUAACCGGUUCGAUGACGCAUUAGUGAUACUGAAAGCUGAUUGGAUGGUUAUAUAUGCGGAAAAGAGCUAAUUUAAUUCAUCUCUAGAGUUUAUAAGAAGAUGUCCGAUUUAUCCUCUCUUGUGCCUUUUUGCACGCAUUUUGGACAGAAGCAAUGACUAUAUGAUCCAUUAGACUGUAAGUGCCUUAAUUGCGAAGUGGACGCUUUUGCUCAAUUAUGAAUAAUGAAGCUUUUGGACACGAAUAAUUCCACGGAUUAUAAUAAUAAGAAUAACUGUUCAGAAAGAGCAAUUCUCAUAUUUAUUAAAGAAAACGUCAAAAUUAAGUUUGAAACAGUCAAUAAAUGUGUUCAGAUAAGAUGUACGCUCCCGCGCUCUGCUCAUGUGCACGUGCGUGCGUGCAUAUGAGUGAUUCGAAUUUUAGUUGCUAUAGCGACGCGUGUUAUGAAUUCUGACUGAAUAUUUACACUCAAACCGAUCGCUAUCUGAUGUUUGAGAGACGAGGCGAAUUCACAGACUUUUGCAGAGUAUUUUCUGUGCGAAUCUUGUGAUUUUGAAGCUGUUCGGAGGAUUUCUGAGAGGAGACUUUUAUUCUAGAAGACAUCGCAGGAUAUAUCCUUUAUAUAAAGUUAAAUUUUUGAAAGAGUUCAUAUUAUUUCUGAGGAUACUUUUAUUUUAUUGUUCUUCUCUUAUUUUAGAAGGAGUUUGGUUUUAUUUAUUUUUAUUAUUUUUUUGUUUGUUUUAUUUUAUUUAUUUGUUUAUUUUUGGGGAGAGUAUUUCUGAGGAGAGUUGUAUUUUAUUGUAUUGUAUUUUGUAUUGUAUUUAUUUCAGAUUGCAGGAGGAUGUCGAUGGCUCACAUGAUGAGUGAAAGAGGAGGUCAGGCUCACAUCAGCGGCCAUCAGUCGUUAAGCCUGAGCAGCAGAGGCUCAUACAUAGUCGUUUGGAGGUGGAGUGGUGAUGCAGUGUCCAGGUCCGACAGCCUCGAAGGAUUGCUGUGCCCUCCGCUGCCAGGUCAAGUUCCCGUCGAGCCAACAGAAACUUCAAAUGGCCUAACUGCUCAGGGUGCCAUGGAGGCUUCUCCUGUUAACAAGUGCUCAACAGAAAAACCUACAGAACGUAGGAAGAGGAAAAGAAUUCGUUCUUUCCUCAACAGGCUGUGGAAGGCUAUGAAGAGUCCUUUCCGGUGCUGUUGCCCCUGUAGUGAUGUGGAUGUUGUGGAGCCUUUUGUCCCUCCACCAGAUCUGGAGCCAGAGCCUGAUCCCGAGCCACCAUCACCUGCUCCAGAUCACUCCGGCGUCAAGCCAGUUAAUGAGUCCUUUGAGUCUCUCUAUAACGUGGGAGAGAUGAUUGGAUCCGGAGGAUUUGGCAGGGUGUACGAGGGAACACGCAAAUUUGAUGGCAAAAAGGUUGCCAUCAAGCGGAUGCUCAAGAUUGACAAUGAUCGUUAUCUUGAUAUUCCUGGGCAUCCCAAACCUCUCGUUACAGAAGUGGCGCUGCUGCUAAUGAUGAGGCGAGAACCCAUAAGCCCCUUCGUCAUACAACUAUACGAGUGGUUUGAACAUCCUCAAAAAUUCACUCUCGUAAUGGAGUACCCUGAACCCUGCGAGAGCCUGCGUGACUUCAUCACCCGUAAUCCUCAACUGUAUGAACCAACAGCACGGGUCAUCAUGCAACAGGCUCUGCUGGCAGUACAACACUGCAUCGAGCAUGGUGUUUUUCACAAUGACAUUCAUGCUCAGAAUUUCCUGUUGAAUAAAAACACGUUUCAGCUCAAGCUGAUAGACUUUGGCUGCGGUCAGCUAUUUAGUAGUGAUGGCUACGAGAGCGACAUAUACAUUGGAGCACCGGAUUACUGCCCACCUGAAGUCUUGACAGAACCUCUAUUCCACGCCGUCCCAACAAAUGUCUGGGCACUAGGAGUGUUGUUGUACAAGAUGGUGAACGCAUGUCGUCCUUUUCGCAAUAGAAGAGAAAUCACACAGGCCAAAGUUACAUUUCAGAACUCCAAAUUAUCCAAAGAAUGCAGUGAUCUGAUCAGUCAGUGCCUAGCCCGGGAUCCAACUAAACGGCCGACGUUAGAGCAGAUGUUACAACAUGAAUGGAUUAGAAAUGAUCUAGAUUGGAGAAGUUCAGGAGAUUCACUUGAUCAGUGAUUUCAGGAAAUAACAUACUUGCUGUCCUUGGUGGAGGGCUUGAGCUCGAGACUUGACCCGAAGCCUGAAGUCCAACCCCAACCUGACAGGGAACUCAGAGCCUGUCCACGUCUGAGCAAGAACGCGAGAGACUGCAAGGCUGGAACGAAAUCAUCAAGUCAUCACAGCCACAUUUGCUUUGUUUAAAAGUCAUUUUUGCUUUGUUUUUUAAAAAGUCAAGACACGUCAUCUUUAUUUAUAUAGCGCCUCAUAUAUGACCAAUCUGUAUAUAUGUAUAUAUCAUUUUUUGAAUUAAAGAAAUGUUUUUUAACAGUCUCGGCCUAUGAGAAACCUUUGAAGUGAAAAGGCAAAGACCUA